AUGGCGAUUUAAGCGGUUCCGCUUCCGGGUGAUGCGGGCAGACCGGGCUUGAGGAAGAUGGCGGUAGCCGCAGGAGUGUCCGGGUGGGGUGGCCGAGGGCUGGCGUGCGCCUCCCUGCGCUGGGUGCUUGGCUUCUUCUUGCUGCUGGGAUCGGCGCCUCAGCCUGGCGCCGCUACCACCCAUUGGGUGGUCACCGAGGACGGCAAGAUUCAGCAGCAGGUCGACUCACCAAUGAACUUGAAACAUCCUCAUGAUUUAGUAAUACUAAUGAGACAGGAAACAACUGUUAAUUACCUCAAAGAGCUGGAGAAACAAUUAGUUGCUCAAAAAAUCCAUAUAGAGGAGAAUGAAGACAGAGACACAGGACUGGAACAAAGACAUAAUAAAGAAGAUCCAGAUUGCAUUAAAGCAAAGGUGCCCUUAGGGGACUUGGAUCUCUAUGAUGGCACGUACAUCACCUUGGAGAGCAAAGAUAUCAGUCCUGAAGACUAUGUAGACAUAAAGUCUCCUUUACCUCCAGAGCUAGAACAGCCAGAAUGUACAAAAAUUCUAGAUCUUCCAUAUAGCAUUCAUGCAUUUCAGCACCUACGGGGUAUUCAAGAAAGAAUUAACCUUUCUGCACCCUUGUUACCUAAAGAAGAUCCUAUAUUGACUUACUUAUCACGACGGUUAGGAAGAAGCAUAGAUGAGAUAGGCCAUCGCAUUUAUGAAGGUCUCAUGAAGAAUUCUUCUUCUUGGGUAUUAUAUAAUAUGGCUUCCUUCUAUUGGCGAAUAAAGAAUGAACCAUAUCAGGUGGUUGAAUGUGCCAUGCGGGCUCUCCAUUUUUCUACAAGGCACAAUAAAGACGUGGCUCUGAUAAACCUGGCAAAUGUGUUACACAGAGCACACUUCUCUGCUGAUGCAGCCAUCGUGGUCCAUGCAGCUCUGGAUUACAGUGACGUCUUCACCAGCUAUUAUACUUUAGGAAACAUAUAUGCAAUGCUUGGGGAAUACAACCACUCAGUACUAUGUUAUGAUCAUGCUUUACAGGCCAAACCGGGGUUUGAGCAAGCAAUUAAAAGGAAACACGCUGUCCUAUGUCAGCAAAAGCUUGAGCAGAAAUUGGAGGCUCAACACAGAUCACUUCAGCGCACAUUAAAUGAAUUGAAGGAGUAUCAAAAGCAGCAUGACCAUUACUUGAGGCAACAGGAGAUCUUAGAAAAGCACAAGCUGAUUCAGGAAGAGCAGAUCCUGAGGAACAUUAUCCAUGAGACACAGAUGGCGAAGGAGGCACAGCUAGGAAACCAUCAGAUUUGUCGCCUGGGCAACCAGCAACACAGUUUGCAUUGCCAGUGGGACCAACCUGUUCGCUAUCACCGCGGUGACAUGUUUGAAAAUGUUGAAUAUGUUGAGUUCAGUGGUGCUGAUUCAAUUUCCAGUAUGACAUCCAUGAAUUCUGAACUUCAUGCCAACCACAGUGACCUCAGCCACUCCUUGGAGUCUUCCCCUAUGAUCCAUUCAGUCUUCUCAUUAUGGGGCCUGGAGUCUGAUGCUUACAGGGAGAAGCAGAAUAUUAUGUGGCCUAAAAGAUCAGAUUGUGUAAAAUCCUAUCCGGCUAUCCCUUCCCCAGAAGAACUUCCAACCUAUUUCCUGCAACCAGAAAACAGGGGACAAAGAAUCCAUUCAGUACUUAACAGACCAGGGGAGGACCAUGCACAAACAGAAGUCUAUGAGCCAGAUUGUUCUUCCAUUACUGAUGUCCAUAAUAGUGACUCUACGUACAUGUUGAUCAAAGAACUAGACGGUUAUCUGGAUCUGAGAGUAAAGAUGCCGGAUGAGCAUGCGAAACAAAUAUUAUACACUCGUGUCAACAAUCAAUCAAUUACACAGCAGCAAAUUGGAUCAUUUAUCCAUCAUGCCAUUGUAAAGUCGAGAGAUCCCUUAUGGCUAGUGCUCAAUGAAGCUGGCCUUUACUGGCGUGCAUUUGGAAAUGGCACCUAUGCCUUCACUUGCUUGCGAAAAGCGUUUAACUUAACCCCACACGAAUUCCAGGAUAUCCCGUUAGUCAAUCUAGCCAACCUUCUAAUUCACUAUGGCCUUCACCUGGAUGCCAGUAAGCUGUUACGAAAAGCUCUAGCUGUCAAUGGCUCUGAGCCUCUGACUUUGUUGAGCUUAGGAAAUGCCUAUUUGGCUCUGAAGAAUGUCAGUGGGGCAUUACAGGCUUUCAGACAUGCCCUGGAUAUUGCUACAAAAUGCCUGGAGUGUGAGAGGAGCCUGAAGCUAAUCCGCUGUUUGCAGUUCUAUCCAUUUCUGUACAACAUCACCUCUUCUACCUGCAGUGGCCACUGUCAUGAGAAGAGCCAGGAUGACAGCCAUACCAAGCAGAAGUACUUUGACAUUCAGGAUUCUGAGAUCAUAUCGAUGGAAGAAAAUCUUGAGGCCUCUACUGGAGAUGAUUCAACAGAUCUCAUUCAUAGUUCUGCAAGGGAUUCGCCCACUUUGACUUUAGAAAGCACUGUUAUUGCCGAAAGCAAUGGCUCUGAAGAAAUAGAGAGCAUAGGAGAUGCUCAGAUGUCUGAAGAGAUGUUGGCGUUAGUAGAUGAGUUUGAAAACUCUUGGCCACUUGAAGCCUUUGAGGGGGCACUGGAAGUGAAAGGCCAUCGGAUGGACUUGCAAGGGAUCCGUGUCCUCAAGAAAGGUUCUCAAGACGGGCUUGCCAGUUCCUGUUUUGGAGAUUGCGGAGAUGAUGAUGACGACGACGAAACUGAAUGGAUCACAUUCCAAGUAAAACGUGUAAAGAAACCCAAAACAGAUAGCCUGGAUCCACAAGAGCCUGUUGGAAGAAACAGAGAGGAAGGAGCAGAUGGAGAAAACGAUAACCUUUACCAAAUGGCACUGGAGAUCAGUGGGCCAAAAAUACCUUCGCCUGGGCCACCAGGAAAAAGGAGGGACUAUCGCAGCUUGGGCUGGCCAAGUCCUGAUGAAUGCAUAAAACUCCGCAGAGUAGAGCUUACUACAGUAGCCAGCACAUGGCUAGCUGUUUCUGCUAAAAAUAUUGAUAUUACAGAACACAUAGAUUUCGCCACUCCUCUGCAAGAACCAGCCAUGGAGCCUCUCUGCAAUGCCAAUCUCCCUGCCAGCAUGCAUACCUUAGAUCACCUCCAGGGUGUUGCCAACCGCGCCAGUCUACAUUACAUGGGAGAAAGUCAACUGAAAGAGGUACUGCAGAAUCUUGGAAAAGACCAUUAUCCACCACAGUCUUUAGAACAAGUUGGUACUCGAAUAGCCAAAGUUCUAGAAAAGAAUCAGACCUCUUGGGUCCUCUCCAGCAUGGCAGCCCUCUACUGGAGGGUAAAAGGUCAAGGGAAGAAAGCAAUUGACUGCCUCCGGCAAGCCUUACAUCAUACGCCCUAUCACAUGAAGGAUGUGCCACUCAUUAGCCUAGCAAACAUCUUCCACAAUGCAAAACUUUGGAAUGAUGCCAUCAUUGUGGCUACAAUGGCAGUAGAAAUCGCCCCACACUUUGUCGUCAAUCAUUUCACGUUGGCUAAUGUCUACGUAGCAAUGGAGGAGUUUGAGAAGGCCAUGAGAUGGUAUGAAUCAACACUGAAACUCCAGCCCGAAUUUGCACCAGCAAAGAAUCGAAUCCGUGCCAUUCAGUGUCAUUUACUCAUGAAAAAAGAAAGACGUUCUCCUUAAGGAGCACAAUCUUCUUCCUCUGCCCCCCCCCCCUGUAUUUGUUUUUUAAGAUGACAAAAUCAUUGUUCAUUAUUAUGCUUGUAAUGAGGUGUGCUAAUAUAAUUUGGGAAACGAGGAUUUCUACUAAGAAUUGAGGGUUGAUUUUAUUAUUCAGAAACCAAAAUGUCUUUGGGGGAACUACAGUAAAAAUAUUUUACCACACUUUUGUAUAAUUAAAUAUUGAGCCCAGAUACCUUCCACAUCAAACACCAUUAGAUUUCCAUAAUACUCAAAUUGAUGCCAGCAUCGAAUAUAACCUGCUUCUUGUCUUAGCAUAUCUAUGAAAAUGCAAAGCACAUCAUUGCACCAGACACCAUAUGUAGGAAGGAGCCAUAAUUAGCUUUUCAUCCAUCAGAAAACUCAUGUUCUACCACCUCAACCAGUCGAUCUUGCGGCAUUACCAGCUCAGAAAUAGAUUGUGAGAUAAGAAUGCAGGUGGUUACAGACCAUUUUUAAUGUGUUUUAAGAACAUACAACCUUUUUAUCUACUGUUGUUUCAACGGGGGGAGGGGGGAGAAACAGUGAGAAGAGCAUCCAACUUAACAAUCAUUUGUAUUUUGGUUAUACAAGACAAAAAAUGGAAACAAGACAAAAUGUUAUUUCAGAGAUUUUAUAUCCAUAUAUAUAUUUGAAGCCCUCUGCAGCCCAUUGUCCGCCUUUACUAAUUAUUUGUUUUACCCAACUGAGUGCAAGUUGCAAAUGUUAAAGGCAGGUGUACAGUUGCUCGUUCUCUCGUGUGUCUCUGAAAGCAAGAGAAAUUUUAGCAAAUAAGACAAAUGAUCUGUUUCCAAAUCCACAUCCACCUUGGUCAGUAAAGGACCUGAAACACCAAAUUUCAUUGUCAAAUAAACAAGGGCACAUAACUUGGAAAAACAAUAAACAAUUAUGUUAAUGAACAGAAUAUUGGCCUCCGUCU